AUGCGAAAUGCUCACGCACGUAUGGGUGAGGUAAUUCAUACUCAUCCCACGCGGCGGAUCACUAAGCAACUGGGAGGUGAUAUGAUAUCAAAAAUGCAGUUUGAGCGCAAGGAAUACAUGUACCAUGUAUUAUACGUCAAGCGUGCUUCUUACCUUGUCAACGCAGGUUACCCCG